AUGAGGAUUGAAGAAGAAGAUAGGUCGCGGGUUAUGUCUGAGGGAGAGAGAGGAGACAGCUCGGGAGAGAUGGGCUUCCUUUGGACAUCUUGCGGCCAGCCUAUACCUCAAAGAAGGAACACCUUCCAGUUGCAGCCAAAACGAAAGACAGACAAAAGAGCCCUCCUCCCGUAUGCAUGGUUCGUGGACCUUCCUGUUCCCGUUCCCAUUCCGGAAGUGAGUAAGCUUGCUUGGGAUCAUGCACCUCACUCGGAAUAG